AUGGAGGUGAAGGAGCCCCUCUUCGACUUCAACUUCCCCGAGAUGUUGGCGGGAGACUUGAGUCGAUCGUCGGACAUCUUCCAGUCCAAGCAUCUAACAGCAGGCGCUCCAGUGCCGUCGCUGGUGGAUGAUGGAAGUCAACGACGCUACUCAUUGCAGGACAGCUCCAUAACCCAGCUUCGACCACAGUCACAGGACGUUUUGUCGCGAAUGAAGUCGCUACAGACGGCUAAUCAAGCUUAUUCCGAGCUUUUUUUCCACAGUUAUGAUGAACCUAGAAGAAGCAGUGAAUCAUCCGAAACCACCGCCACCGCAUCGUCUGGCGGUAUGGAGCCACCGUCCAUCGGCACCCGUGACGUAUCUAUCACCACGACGGGCACCUCAGUGACUUCUGCACGAUUUUCCUCCGAGUCUGCUCCCACAAUCGCAAUGCCAAUCGAUAAUAAAGCCCCCACGGAUAGCUGGAUGGACCUCGAGGUCGACGUUCCCACCAUGGAAGGACGAUCCUAUAGCCUCGGACGAAUGGCUGCACCACCACCCUUGUUCCAACGACCAGAUCUUGGGGAUUUGAGGAGCAUGUCAAUGGGAGCAAAGGUUGUGCGUGCCGAGUUCCUACAAUCCAGUCCAUUCAGAACCUUUGGCUCCAAAACGGAGUCGCCAAGUUCACCCAAAACGUUCUCCUUCACGAAGCCCUCCGAAAUUCCAAGCCGGCGCUCAUCCCUCAAUUACAACUUUCAAAUGUUCAAGUUAUCAGACCUUCACGUCAUCCCGCGCACUCCACCUUCACCACAACCACAACUUGCGCACAAUAAUACACCGUCUGCCGUGCCCUCGAGGACUCCGCCUACCCCGCCAGCUAGGAGUAAAGAACGAGAUUGGAGGGCAGAGCUAGUGCGCAGUGCACCACCGUCAGAGGCUGAAUCCAACAUGGAGGAUUUCCAGGUGUCGUCUCCGAAUGGUGAUGCAUUAAGUUUUCAUGUCGUAUCGCCUCUAUUCAACGUCGAGAAAUGGCUCGAGUCAGGCCUGGAUGAGCCAUUGGCACAGCGACCACAAUCUAGCGGCGACGUCACAUCGUCCGGCGUACCACUAUCAACUGAGGUCCUCGACACGCUGCGCAUAUCAGUCGCAUGUUUCCCUGAAACGAUGCUUCUGUGCUCCAGUUUGUCCAUCGAGACAAUCCGAGGGCACUCUAGGAAAGUAAAAUAUGCCACGUCGCCGUCACAAGUGUCACUAUCACUCACUGAAGAUGCACCAAAACCAUCCAAGUGGAAGUGGCUGACGUCAAAGCGAGUUCCUGACCAGCAAAGCUCACCAAAGCUUCAGCCACGACGGUCAUUUACCUCGGUCUUCCACUCGUCUCGGCCGAACUCUGCACAGUGGGCGGCCAUCAAGAACAUAUUCCCCUCUGGAACGGAUUACUUGUGCGAUGCACUGUACGCACAUUUACUGGCCUACAAUUACAUCACGGCACUGUGCCCCCGCCCUGUGUCGGUCCCCCUGCCUACUACAAGGCCACCGAGUUCAACAUCAUCAUCCACAGACCUCACCAUAUCAAGAACACGAUCCUCGGAUGGCACCAAGAUCCCCCGCAAGGCUGCAAGUCUCCUGGGACUGCAGAAUGACCCCAAUGAACCCAUAUCUACUCCCACAUCUCCGUCCCUCUGCAACAGCACCAUGCGGCAUAAGGGAUCGUUCAUGAUGGGCAGGCGAGCGGAGACUUCUAGGACUUUUACGUCGGCCGCCAACAGAACGCCCGAGGCCUAUGAUCAAUCCCUGAGGGAACUUCGUCUUGGUUUGGCCAAGUGCAUCGCGAGACUCGUCGCAACUCUGUCGCUCACCGCCGACACGCCGCUUGUUAACACGGUGAAAUCGAUAGACGGCAAGGAGGUCGAUCCCCUUUUCAUGCGUGCACUCUGCGAAGUUGUCCGAUGCCACGAGGAACGGUGA